AAUCUAUCCCCACCGCGAGUUUAGCGCGAGUAGUUGAAUAAGCGGCGGCAGCUCGGCGAGCAGCAUUCGCUCGUCGAACGUUAGUUUGUAAGUUCGAUUUCCUAUGAAGACUGAUUAGUUAAACGAAUCCGGUGGAACGAAAAGGAAGGGUCGAGCUAGUGUCGAAAAGACACGCGAUAGGAAGUGACCGUAAUUUUCACCUCGCCGAGAUUUCACUUCUAACCUGAAUUCGUCGUUAGGUAGUUAGUAGCGUGUCCGUCCUCGAAGCACACAUUUCUAUCGCAGUGAAUUACGGUUUUGAGAAGGCGACGUUCGUCGAAACUCGAAAUCCUCAAUAGUAAUAACGUCGUUUUACAAAAAUCAUCGCCAGCUUUGAGUGCCAGAGGAUAUUACAUAAAGAUCGGAAUAUUUGGAUAACGAGAUCAACCGGUGUCACGUGGACCUUCCCUCGUCACAUUGUCAUGAGCAUUUGAAAUCCAAGAACGUACGAUUCGAGUCAGAAAAAACAAAUAGAAACUCGUAGAGAGUGUCGUCGAUACAUUACGAAAUCGUUCGAACGAACAUCAUCAUGUGGCCGAAAGAUGUUGGGAUCAAAGCGAUGGAAGUGUACUUUCCCGCUCAGUACGUGGAUCAAGCAGAGCUGGAGCAAUUCGACGGUGUGUCGGCCGGAAAGUACACCGUGGGUUUAGGCCAGAGCAAGAUGGGUUUCUGCAACGACCGGGAAGACAUCAACUCUCUGUGUUUGACAGUAGUGCACAGGUUGAUGGACAGGCAUAAGAUAAAACCGGAAGACGUGGGAAGAUUAGAAGUUGGAACAGAGACUAUAAUCGAUAAGAGCAAGUCGAUCAAAUCUGUCCUUAUGCAAUUGUUCGAACCCCACGGUUGCACCGACAUAGAAGGAGCCGACACGACGAACGCCUGCUACGGAGGCACCGCUGCUCUCUUGAAUGCCGUUGCCUGGGUUGAGAGCAGUGCUUGGGAUGGAAGAUUAGCAUUGGUCGUCGCUGCCGACAACGCGGUUUACGCUGCUGGAAGCGCCAGGCCGACCGGUGGUGCUGGAGCGAUAGCGAUGGUCGUCGGAUCGGGUGCACCGUUGGUAAUUGACCGCGGAGUAAGGGCGUCGUGUAUGAAACAUGCUUACGAUUUUUACAAGCCGAAUUUAAAGUCCGAGUACCCCGUUGUAGACGGACAAUUGUCAAUUAGAUGUUAUCUGAACGCGCUGGACAAUUGCUAUCAGACUUACUGCAAAAAGGUGAAGAACAAACACAAUCGUUCCACGUCUUUAGAUAGUUUCGAUGCAGUUCUGUUCCACUCUCCAUACUGUAAAUUAGUACAAAAGUCUCUUGCUAGAUUAGCCUUUAUCGAUUUUCUAAAGAGAUCUAGAGAGGAGGUGUCGAAGAAGUAUCCAGAAUUGACCAAGUUUUAUGAUAUUAAAUUAGAGGAUACUUAUUUCGAUAAAGAAGUAGAGAAAGCGUUUCUGAACGUCAGCAAAACAGACUUCCAAACGAAGACGCAACCCUCUUUGAUGAUAAGUAGUCAAGUAGGUAACAUGUAUACGCCGUCUGUAUACACCGGAUUAGCUUCUUUAUUAAUUAGUAAAUCAGCGAAGGAAUUAGCCGGUUCGAAAGUAGGGAUAUUCUCGUAUGGUUCUGGCCUCUGUUCCACCAUGUAUUCGUUGUCGAUAACGAACGACUACGCAGAGGGGUCCGACUUGAUGAAACUCGUCUCGGGCCUCUCUUACAUCAAACCAGACCUAGAGGCUCGUCAAAAAAUUUCUCCGACCGAUUACACGAAAGUGUUGGCCUCGCGUGAACAGAAUUGUCACGUUGUUCCCUUCACUCCUGAGAGUAGUAUCAGUAACAUGUUUCCUGGAACGUAUUAUCUCGUCCACAUGGACGAGAAAUAUCGACGGACUUAUAAACGAGUAUGAAACUCGUGUUAGUCCUUAAUGGUUAAAUCGUUAACUGAUUUAUUAUGGGGUCUCGUCGAUUCUUGUAAAGAAUAUCUCAAUGGUGCAUGAUUAUUUAUAGAAAUAAAAACAGAGAAUUUAUUAUUUA